AUGAGCUUGCACAUUGGUCCAAGGCACCCAAGUCACCUAUGUAAGUCAACCUAUGUGUCCAUAUCCACACCCAAGUCAACCUAUGUCCCCAAAAAAGGCACCCAAGUCAACCUAUGUCCACAAAAAGGCACCCAAGUGUAUGGAAAGGAAAAGGCACCCAAGUCAACCUAUGUCCACGUCCACGGAAAAAAGUCACCUAUGUCCACCAGUCCACGGAAAGGCACCCAAGGUCCACAAAAAGGGUCCACGAAAGGCACCCAAGUCACCUAUGUCCACAAAAAGGCACCCACGUCCAAAAGGCACCAAGUCAACCCACGUCCACAAAAGGCACCCACGUCCACAAUAGAGGCACCCAAGUCCACGGAAAAGCACCCGAGUCCACCCACGUCCACAGUGCACCCAAGUCCACGGAAAGGCACCCAAGUCCACCCACGUCCACAAAAAGGCACCCAAGUCCACGGAAAGGCACCCGAGUCCACCCACGUCCACAAUAGAGGCACCCAACUCCACGUAAAAACGAGUCCACCCGUCCACAAUAGAGGCACCCAAGUCCACGGAAACGCACCCAAGGCCACCCACGUCCACAAAAAGGCACCCAAGUCCACGGAAAGGCACCCGAGUCAACCCACGUCCACGGAAAGGCACCCGAGUCCACCCACGUCCACAAUAGAGGCACCCAACUCCACAGGCACCCAAGUCCACGGAAAGGCAUCCAAGUCCGCCCACGUCCACGGAAAGGCACCCAAGUCCCCACGUCACAGGCACCCAAGUCCACCACGUCCACGGAAAGGCACCAAGUCCACCCACGUCCACAAAAGAGGCACCCAAGUCAACCCACGUCCACGGAAAGGCACCCAAGUCCACCCACGUCCACGGAAAGGCACCCAAGUCCACCCACGUCCACGAAAGGCCAAGUCCGCCCACGGCCUCCUCAACCACACUCUUCCUCGGCGACGAACGAAUGGCUCCAUCUGGCGCCGUUCCCCGCCGUUACGAUCUCCAUAUCAGAAAGAAAAAGAAUAA